AUGCUCCUACACUCGACCAACGACAGCCCUCUCACCAUGUUGAUUGGCACAACGUUGAGACAGUUCCAAGCUCGAAAUGUGGAAACUCUCUGUGGCUUAUACUUGUUGGUCUACCGACUGUUGCGGUGGCGCAUAUAUCCAAAUCCGGAUUGGUAUCACGACGUGCCUAUACUAAUGCGGCCAACUGAAGUGCAGAAUACACACUUGCAUCCUGUUUGCAUUGACUUCUUGCCGUGGCCUGCUUUACGAGACUAUCUAUGCCAGAACCAGAAUAAGGACUCGCGCCAUUCUGUCGACCUGUACAUGCGGUCCAUCAAGCUGCACUGGCCGCCGGAGAAGCCGCUGCUUUGCACGGAUUCUGGUGGUGCGGUUGAGCUGCACCCGGACUUUGAAGCUACGGUUUGCGAUGCUCAGUCUUGGACAUUAGUUUCUCCUUGGGCUGAAGCUUUUGAGCACUUGAAGAUGCAUGUAAAUUAA